AUGUAUGAUGGGAUUGUGGGAGGGGGUGAGGUAGGGGGAUGGGGGGGGUAUUUUGGGGGGUGUGAGGUUGGGUGGGUAGUGGGUGGGUGGGGAAUGGGGGGAUUGUUGGAAAAGGGGGAGAGGGGGGGGGGGGGUGAGGGGUGGGUGGGGGUGGGGGGGUUUGGGGGGGGGGGGGUGGGGUGUGGGUGGGGGUGUUUGGGGUUAGGGGUGGAUGGGGGGGGGGGGGGGGGUGAUAUGGUGGGUGGGUUGGGGGGUGUAUGUGUGGGGGGGGGUUGGGGUGGGAUAGGUGGUGGUUUUUGGGGUGGUUUUGUGGGGGGGGGGGGUGGGGUUGUUGAAUUUUGUGGGGUGAUUGAGGAGUUGGGUUUGAGUAAGUGGGGGUGGUUUGGGGGUGGUGGGGGGGGGGGGGGUGGGGGGGAUUGUAGAGUGGGUUUAGGGUGGAUGGGGGGAUGGGGGGAUGGUGGGGUCCAGACUCCGCUCCUCCAACAUCCGGACUCCUUCUUCCUCCAACACGACCCCACCUGCGCUCCCUCCACCUGCGCCCGCCACAGCGCCCCCUACAGGCACCACCAGCACCAGCGCAGACGGCCACACCGCUCCGCCUCCUUCCACUCCAGCCGCUUGCAAUCCUCCCAAACAUCCCUCCCCUCGGCCUACGACUACCUCCCCCCCACCCUCGACUGGUCCGACCCCGAACUCACGUCCAAAGUCACUGUCACGCAGGACUGGAACCGUUGCGGGUCUCUGUUCUCGCUCCCCAACAUUAGCCGUUGUUCCGCGAGAAAUUACCCCAAAACGCCGUCCGUCGACCAAGCCCCGCCUUUCCGCCUAAACGUAGACGCCUUGGUCGGAGCCGAGGAGACGGACGUUGAUACCGGUGACAAAGUAUCCAUGGAUCUGUCGGUGGUCUCGGCCUACAUCCAAGCAAGUCUGAGCCUCAAGUCCAGACCGGUCUCGGCGCCACCGGAGGAAAUCGUCCCGUCCAGAUCGCCGAGUAUUAGCGAUGUUAGCGGCGUGUAUAAACCCGCCACGAUGGGGGGGAGGACCGGAGUGAGCAGGUCCAACAGUCUGGGAGUGAGUAAUGGACGUUGUGGUAGUUUGGAGCUGUUGGAGACCAGCACGAGCCCGAGCAGUUUGUCCAUAAAUCACUCGGACUCGUACAGCAUCGACGACGAUAAAGUAGAAGAAGAAGAAGAAGAAGAGUUUUAUAUCUGA